AUGGAUGCUUGUAUGGCAAAGUUGACAAGCUUGGAGUGGGGAGAAUAUGAUCUAAAAUACACCACUGCUCUUAUGUUAUUUGCUGAAAGUGCCGGACAUAAUGAAUGUUUUCGAGCUGUUAAAGAAAGAUUUCAUCACUUCAGACAAACGAUUCAUCAAUGUUUUCAUGAGGUCUUACGUGCAAUGAUGUGUUUUGCACGAGAAAUUAUAAUACCAACCUCGUCUACUCCAAUAAGAAAUACCUCAGAACGACAUAGAUGGCUAAUGCACAUAUUUCCCGGAGCAAUAGGUGCACUAGAUGGAACACUUAUACAUGCAGUUGUGCCCGUUGAUCAACAAACUCAUUAUAGGGGAAGAAGAAAAGGUGAAUGUUAUCAAAAUGUAAUUGGAAUUUGUAAUUUUGAUAUGAUAUUUACCUUUGUAUGGGCUGGAUGGGAGGGCAUAGCACAUGAUUCUAAAUUUUUGAAAGAAGUUGCAUUUAACCUAACUUCCGGAUUUCCAUUGCCUCCACCAGGUUUGUAA